UGAUGAGUGUAUUUUGGUACAUUGAUAUUGAAAUUCUUUCGGAAAGCACCUGGAAAUGAAGUGUAAGCUUUCCCAGACUAUAUGCAACACAAAUGCAUCUCGGGUUUGCAAUAGGCCAUACAUGGUGUAGUGAUGUCUUCGUUGAUACUAGUCAUCGUUGUAGCGUUAACGAGCAGCUUCUGCAAAACCUCUUCUGCUGCUUGCGGUGAUUUUGUUAACAUAAGCUGCCCUUUUUAUCUCCAAGGUCAACAGCACAAAUGUCGCGGUUCCAGCUAUCAACUUUCUUGUGAUGAGAACAACCGUACUAUGAUAGCUCUUGUCAGUGACAAAUUUUAUGUGGAGGAAAUUAAUUAUGUGAAUUCUUCUCUUCGGAUCAUCGAUUCAGGCCUAGCCAGAAAUAACUACUCAUGUGAUUCCAUUCCUCUUCAUCCUUUCUUCAACGAGGACAGAUAUGUCCGUGGAAGCUUUUCUCCGAUCGCGGAGAUGAAUAGGCCAGUGACAUAUAUCGACUGCCCUGCUCCUGUUGGGAAUUCAUCAACUCGAUACAUUCCAACACGUCCUUGCUCAUCAUCACGAGUCUCUUCCUACGUCGUCGUUGGAUAUAUGAAUAUCUCCGAAGUGGAAAACAAUUGCACGAUCAGGAAGACAACUUGGGUGUCGUCGCAGUGGCCUAACAUUGAUAAAACUUCUUUCUUGGAGAUUUCGGAUGAUAUGGCUUACGGGGUAGAGCUUUCGUUCAAAUAUUUAUCCUGCUUAAAGUGUCAUGAUCCUCGAUCGCACUACUGUCGGAGAGUUAGAAGGAAUGAAAGUCCUUAUCUUUUCUGCACUGACAGCAUAUGGUACGACUCUUGGCGGUUUUUUCUUGAACUUGCAGGCCUGAUUUGGGGUGGUUGGCUUUUCGUCUUGUUGAUAUUUUCAAUAGGCUUUCAAGAUUUCACCAUACUCGGUAAGAGGUUGUACUUCUCGAUGAUACUGAGAAUGGCCCUGGGUGCAAGAUACUUUUGUGGAAUAGCUUUUUUAUCUGUUAUUUUGAUCUAUAAAUGGAGGAGAAGACAUUUAUCAGCACAUGACACUAUUGAAGACUUCCUGCAAGGUCACAACAAUCUGAUGCCUAUUAGGUACACUUAUUCCCAGAUCAAGAAAUGCACCAAAGGGUUCAAUGAUAAGUUGGGUGAAGGAGGUUUUGGUGCUGUAUAUAAAGGAAAACUUCGGAGUGGACUUCUUGUAGCUGUUAAAAUAUUGAGCAACUCCAAGGCUAGUGAUGACCAAGAUUUCAUCAAUGAAGUUGGUACAAUUGGUAGAAUCCACCAUGUUGGCAUUGUGAGGCUUGUUGGCUUUUGCGUUGAAGGUUCAAAACGUGCUCUCGUUUAUGAGUUCAUGCCUAAUGGAUCUCUUGACAAAUAUAUUUUUCAAGAAAAAAUUGGAGGUGAAGUAGGAACAACCACUUUGAGUUGCGAAAAGAUUUAUGAGAUCUCAUGCAAAGUGGCAUGUGGCAUUGAGUAUUUACAUCGAGGUUGUGACAUGCAAAUCCUGCAUUUUGAUAUCAAGCCUAAUAAUAUCCUCCUCGAUGCAAAAUUUAAUCCAAAAAUCUCUGAUUUUGGCCUUGCAAAAUUAUGUGCUACCGAUCAUAGUAUUGUGACUAUGACUGCAGCACGGGGAACCCUGGGUUACAUGGCCCCAGAGCUAUUUUACCAAAAUAUCGGAGGUGUUUCUUAUAAGGCGGAUGUUUAUAGUUUUGGAAUGUUGUUGCUGGAAAUGGCGGGGAAAAGACAUAAUGUGAAUCCUUUUGUGGAUGAAAGUAGUCAAAUAUACUUCCCUUCAUGGAUAUAUGACCAAAUUAGCAAAGGGAAGGAGAUUGAAAUGGACCAUGCUACGAACAAUGAAAAGGAGUUGAUUAAGAAGAUGAUUAUUGUAGCAAUGUGGUGUAUACAGAUGAAGCCAACUGAGCGUCCUUCGAUGCAGAAAGUUAUUGAAAUGCUGGAAGGGGAUCUUGAAGUAUUAGUGAUACCUCCUAAACCUCUGAUUUGUCCCCAAGAGCCUCCAUUUGAGGAUCAAGAACUGGAUCUUACAUCACCUAUCUGAUGAUUAUAUUCCAUAGCUCUGUUAUUAAUAAGAUGAUAUUAGCCUACUUUAUCACUUAAUUUGUUAAAUCAAGAACUGUAUUAAUAUGCAGUGUUAAUUACAAUUGCAUUAACAGUUUCCAAAUAUAUAUUACACCUUAUAUGUACCUAGUGGCCAAGUACUCGGCCCCUUUAUUCAA